AUGGCAUCCGAUCGACCUCCCACGUCGGAUCAAACAUCCGAAUUAGUUCCCCCUCCCGUUCCUCAACCUACCGAUAACAUGUCAGAGGACAUAAGGCGUCAAGUAGAGCAGGAGCAGGCUCUGGCAGAUGCCCAAAGGAAAGUGAGGCAGUUGGAGGAAGAAGUGGAGAAAGUCAAAGACGAGAAAAAGGCUCUGGAGAAUGACAAAGAGGGCGCUGUAUCAACAACGAAUCAACUUCGAACGCAGCUCUCUGCUUUGCAAUCAUCUCAUCAUCAGUCUACUUCUGAAUUAUCAGUCUUGCAAACUAGAAUAGAGGCAAUUGAGCGAGAGAAGAAAGAGCUUAUUGAGGAGACGGAAAGGUUACAACAACGGUCAAAUAAGAACAAUCAGGAAUUGUAUGCCCUUCGAGCACAAAAGACCGAUGCUUCUCAGAAGAUUGCUCAUCUAGAUGUGGAAGUCUCUGAGCUGCGGAUGACAACAGAGACAGCCAAGUUCAACGAGAAAAGAAGUUCUCAAGCCUUGGAAAGUGCUCGAGCCGAGAUCUUAAACCUGAGCAAGGCUGUUGCGGAUGUCGAAGAGAGAUUUGGUCGUUACAGAGCAGAGAAGCAAGCGGAACAAUCGAAAACGCGUACAGAACACGAAACCCUCCUAACACGUCUCAACACCGUCGAAAACUCUUAUCGAUCCCUUCAGCGAACAUACAAUGAUCAAUCUCAACGUCUUUCCGAGGCGCAUGCCAAUAUCGCUACUCUCACAUCGGCAGCUGCCGCCAAGAAGGCAUCUGUCUCGAUGGAGUUCCAUCAAUUGAUGGAAGAAAAUCGAAUAUUGGAAAAGAGAGGUGAAGAAGCUCGAGCGACUGUUGCGGAGAGAGAAGCAGAAUUGGAAAGAAUGGCAGAAUCGUACGGAGAGAAAGAAAAGACAUGGGAAGAGAAGUGGAAGAAAGAGGAAAGAAUAAGGAAGGAAGCUGAAAAGAGGGCAGAUGAUCUCAAGAUUGUUGUGGAGAGAUUAGCACUUGCUGGUGGAGAAGGAACGGACCUGAGUCCCGCUGCUGCUCUGGCUGGUGGUAUGAAGGCUAGUGGAAAGACGUAUACUCAAUUCUACACGGACUAUACUAUCCAGGAAGGAAAGUUGAGAGCGGCAGAGAAUGAAGUUGCGAGAUUGACGGGAUUGUUAGACGAGAUCGGUCAAGACAUAGCUGAAAAGAAACCUCUUCUCGACGAACAAGCUGCGGAACAUGGCCGGGCGAUUGAGAGAGCGAAUGCUCUUGCUGCAGAACUUGCUGCCGUGAUUGCUUCACGAGACACCUACGACACUCAAGUGAAAUCCCUCAACGCUGCUGCUGCACAUCAUCAAGAAGAAGUCGCCUCUCUCCAGACUACUGUUGAUGAUCUUUCUCGUCAAGUUCAAGGUCUCGUGCGUCAAAUCGCUAUACGAGACGAUCCAUCACUGGCUGGCGUAGAGAUGAACGGCGGGGCAACCGUAGAAGGGGAUAUCAUUACCGAUCAUCUGUUAGAAUUCCGAUCAAUCAGAUCGUUACAAGGACAGAAUCAGAAGUUACUCAAACUCACCCGAAGUCUUAUGGCCAAACUCGACCAAAGGGAGAUCAACAGGGCUUCAGCUGCACAAGAAGACUUGGAUACUGGAGCGACGUUAGAUCAAGCUGCUGACACGAUUGAGAAAUUACAUAAACAGCUGUUAGAAACUCAGAAGCGAGUCAACGAAGCCACGAGAGAAAGAGAUCUCUUUAGUAAAUUACUGGCUAAAGGUGAAGGUCUCCGAUGGUCUCAGACUUCUUCAUCCGAUGGACCUCUCGAAGAUGGAUCUCUCGACGCACCUCAUCAACAAGCUAUCAACAACUUACAAGCUGAAUUGGGUAUCGUCAAGAACAAAGCUGAAGUGGAGGUCAAAGAAGCCAAAGAGGAGAUCAGAGCCAAGACUGAACAGAUUGGUGUGGCUGAGGUGGAGAGGGCAAAGGCUGAAGCUAAAGUCGGUUUACUCGAAGAACAAUCGCGAAUGCUCAAUGAAGCUAACGCCCUGCAAAAACAAGAAUACACCAAUCUUGAAACCCAGUAUAGACAGCUUCAGAAUGCUAUCUCUCAAGCUCAUAACGAGCAACGUAAUGCCCUCGAACAAGUCGCUACUCGUCAAGCUGAGGCUGACAGGCUACGAAAUGAGACAGCAAUGCUUAGAGCUGAGAAGGAACAGUGGAAGAGUACGGAAAGUAGAUUGCAAUCCGACUUCGCCCAAGUACAAUCCGAACGAGUCAAAUUACAACAGCUCAUCGAUAACCUCAAGAACGUCGCUACCGAAGCUGAGAAGAGUAGGGCGGAUGAGAGAACCCAAUUGGAGAAGAGGAUCGAGGAUCUGCAGCGUGAAGCCACUGCUCUUCGCGGACAGAUUGAACAAGCCCGUGCUGAGACCCGAGCAGCCGAAGCGAAGAUUGCAGACUUCGACUCUCGAUUGGCAGCUGCUACAUCAAACGUUCGAGCGGAGAAGGAAGCCGCCGAGGCACUUGGCAAUACUCGAUCAGAAGAGAUCAAGACCCUCCAAGCUGAAAUUGAUCGUCUCAAGACUGAAUCGGAGAAUAGAUACAGAAUAGGAAUCAACUGGAAGAGGCGUGCAGACACUCUUACAGAAACUCAAAAUACCACUGCUCAAGCGCAUACAGAAGCUAUCGAAGCUAAAGAUAAAGAGAUCAAAGAAGUCAAUGAAAAGAUUGAAGGUUUGAACAAGGAGAUCGAGGAACAUAAAGCUAAGUUAAGUGAAGUGGAGAAGAAACUGGUAGAAAGUGAAAGAGUGAAUGGAUUGAAGGAGAAUACCGUACAAAGGCUACAGGCAGAAUUGACUAAGGCUCAAAGUGGUGGUGGUGCUGCUCCAGCAGGAGGUGAUAAGUCAGCUGAGCUUGCGGCUUUACAGACCAAAUUGGAUCAAACGCAGAAGGAACUUGAAGAAGCUAAAGCUCAAGCAGCUGCUUCUGCAGGCGGUGCUACAACAGCCGUCAAGGCUGAAGGUGGAUCUUUGACGGAUGCUGAGAGGAUGGAACUGAACGCGAAGAUCGAGCAAUUGCAGAAAGAGAAAGAUGAGGGUGAUCAACGAUACGCUGACAAUGUCACACGAGUCAAUCGAGUCAACGCAUCGAUGAAAGGCCGAUUAGACCAACUUACCGCUGAAAGACAGACCGCUCAAAGUACAGUUGAGACCUUACAAGCCAGAGUCGCCGAACUGGAAAAGAAGAUAUCAGAACUCGAAUCUGCUGGUGCUUCCACCACUGCUAGCGCAGGUGGUGAAGGUGUAACGGAGCAAGCUAAGAUCGACGAAGCUGUCAAAGCUGCGAUAUCAGCUAGAGAGGCAGAACUCAACGCCCAACAUUCCAAAGCACUUGAAGCUGCUAGAGCCCAAUCUGGCGAUGGAAACGCUCCUCAAGUUGACUUAUCAGCUAAAGAAGCCGAACUCAACGCAACCUUCGAAAACCGAGUAUCCGAAGCUGUUAAAUCGCAAUCCGAAGCUGUCCAGAAUGAAGCGAACACAUUGAAAGGUCAAGUAGAAGAGUUGACUACGAAAGUCAGAGCAUUAGAAAGACAAGUGAAAACCGCCGAGAUCAGUAGGAAAACUUUGGAGAGACAAAAGGCGGAAGUUGAGAAGAAAUUGGAAGCUGCUACUGGUGGUGGUGCUUCCGCAAGUCCAUCGACUACUGCUGUUUCCUCCAAUACUAGCGCUUUUGGUGUCCCAGCGGCCUCGCCUACACCUUCGACGGCUAGUGCUCUAUCGGCAAAUGCUGGUGCUUUCAGACCUUCCAAUCCUGCUGCUCCAGCACCAACCCAACAAGCUCAACCGGCUGUUCCUACGCCUACGAAUAGCACAACUCAUGCUCCCGCGACUACCGCCGAAGGAGCAGGUGUAGGUGCUGUACGGGGUGUAGCUAGAGGCAGAGCUAGGGGAGCUGUCAGGGGAGCCGCUAGAGGCGGUGCGGCCACAAGAGCUAAUUCAGUGCUGAGCACUGUCAAUGCAACUCUUAAUCAAGCUAGUGCUCCAUCCACUUCCACUCCUUCUACGAUAACCCCUUCGGCGAACCCUACCUCCCCUACCGGCGGAGUGAAGAGACCAUUGGAAGAAGGCGAAGUAGCCGGUGAAGGAGAUGGUUCGUCACAGGGCGCAGGAGGAGAUAUAAUAGCUCGUAUACAGGGUGCAGCAGCUGCUGGAGCAGGAGGAGAGAGGGGAAGAGUAUUGAAGAGACCUAGAGGUGCUGGACCUGCUAGAGGAGCUGCCAGGGGUGCUGCGGCUGCUAGAGGAGGCAGGAGGAGUAGCGCGGGUGGACAGGGAGGUGCAGGUGCAGGAGCUGGUGAGGGUGGAGCUGGGGCAGGACAGCAAGGUGGCUCGGGUGAGGGUGGUGCGCCUAGCAGUUAG